AUGAAAACAUUUCACAGAAGUUUUAAACUCACAUGUUUUGUAGAAAACAAUUUACCCCUUGGAGGGAGCACUGCCGGAGUUAUUGGUGGGGUCAUAACGUCAAUCAUUAUUGUGGUAGUUGUUGUGAUCUCCUUAAUCAUUGCUGCAAGACGACGGAAAUUGCAUAAAGAAAGAAAUGAAAAAAGAAGCCUUGCAAAGGUUUUUGAAGAGGAAAGUAAUAAAAUUGAAGAAAACCCUUCAGAUAUAAAUAGUGAUUUAAAUCAAUCAUCAACCCAAGAAUCAAGCCUUGACUUUGCUGACGAUUGUGUAUAUUACAAUAUAAAUCAAACACCCAAUGAUAUCAAAAUUGAAGACCUACAGAAAAAUAUAGCAACAAAAAUCGCUGGGGAAAAGUUCCAUUUUCUUUUGGAAUAUAAUGUAAAUCUUUAUUCUAAAUUCAUAAAUAUGUAUCUAUUUCCUAGUUACCAGUAUUAAUCACUGACCUUGCAAA